UUUGUUGUACUCUGAUUCAGUUUCUCUAGCUUUCCUCUCAUGUCUUCCUUUCUAGAAAAAAACCUGUUCUCCAGUCCUCAGUCCUCCUUCUGGUCUUCAUUCAUCUGCCCCCUCGCUUCACCUCUGGAUCCCCUCCAAGAAUCCCCUCACUGCUCCUCCGGCUGCUCCCCCUUGGUACCUCUACCUGGACCUCCCUGGAUACCAACAUCGGUACUCUCCAGCCUGUCCACCCUCCAACGCUCCACCUUCCUCCUGGAACAAGUAAACAAACAUCAUCAAACAAACCGUUCAACACUGCAACCUUUCAACCCCAGUCCCUGUGGAUGUACUCACCUCUCAACCUGGAUUCCCUUCUACUUCAAUCAUACGCGCUGAUUUUCUUUCAGGACGUAUUUCAAUGACGGACCAUUUCCGGUUCAGUUGUCAACACAAGGUCCACGCGUGUUUCUUCCCGAGAACAAGAUGCCGAAGACCCAGAAGGGGAAAACUGCGGAAAAAGUUGUCCACCCGUACAGCAGGAAAGCUGCUUAUCUGAACCGGGAGGAGGUCAGACUGAAGAGGAAAGAGAGGAUGAAGAGUGAAAAAGCUACACGUCUGAGCAACAUUGGUGAAAAGCUGCUGUGGUUUCAGAGUCAACUGGAUCCAAACAUGACGAGUUACACCAAGAAAGAUGCCUGUGAGAUUGUUGAAAGGUACCUCCACAGAUUUGAUUCAGAACUCGAGCAGAUCGAGUUGGUGAACGGGAUUAAAGGUCGACAGGGUCGUCUCCAUGGCGCCAGAGAAGCAGCCAUCAAACAGACCGCAGAGCGAGAGCGGGCACAGUUUGAGGGCGUCGGGUUAGAGAUCCCAGACAUCAUCAACACAAAGCAUCUGAAGUCAUUCAGAGAUUGGACCGGAGAUCUGAAGAAACUUCCAAAUAUAAAAAUGCGGAAAAUAUCAAGUAAGGUUUUGGACACAAAGACUGAGGAAAAAGAGGGGGCAGAGCGUGAUCAUGGGGAAGAUGAAGAAGAUGAAGAUGAUCAUUUGGAUGAGGAGCUCAAUGACACAGUGGAGAUGUCAGAGUCCCCCUAACACACCCCUCAAUCUGAGACCGUGUCUGAGCUGCUGUGGAACUGGUGCACCAGACUGGCCAAAUGUGAGGGGGUGCUGCUGUUCCUCCACUGUCCAGAAGAUGGUGCUAGACCCCAAGAUUUAACCAUACCAACCUUUCAUAUCUCAUGACUCAAUAACUUCACAGCAGCGUUUUAGAGAUUCUACAUCCGUUGUUUAUUGUGCAGACAAAAAUGGUUUUUCACAUAACCUGCAGAGUUUCCAAUCAGAGCUAUGAAAGGACUUACAGACGUUGUGGAUUUAAGACAUAAAGUACGUUCUGUGACUGAACUUUAACACUGAAAAUCACACCUGUAGAAAAUUAGAACAAAAAUAAAUGAUAGUCCCUUUUAAUCACCUCUGUAAUCUAAUGUAAAACAUAAACUGAUGGCAACUUUAAAAUCUCUAAUUAUAUUAACGUUUAAAUUACUGAGAGUAAGAACAACAAACAAAAUAACAAAAACUGGCUUAUUACAUUUUAGAGGUCACAUAUUUAGAUUCAGACUGGAAUAAAGUACCUAUAAUAACUACAAGUCUUUGGUGUCUAAAGACCUGGUUGUCCUGCAUUGUUUUUAAGGCCUCAGCGUGCUUCAGUUGACCCAGUUUGACCCGCUGCACAGCAUCUGAUAUGUUUAGCCAUUCCUCAGAAAACUUGAGUCUGCAUUUAUUGUACCUGCUGGUCAAAGUCUAUGGAACAUACUAGAAAAUAAAAGAAGGGAAAGUUGCAACAUGA